AUGCCAAAAUCGAAUUCUCCAACCAAGAGGCGGCACCAUGCCUCAAUGGCAUGUGUCGCGUGUCGGGAGAGUAAAGUCAAGUGCGACGGUGGGGAUCCAAAAUGUUCCAGUUGCACUGUCAAGCACCGUGAAUGUCGCUAUCAGGCUGUGGAUAAGAGGAAACUACCACUCAGGGUUGCCAUAGAGUUACUGUCGAGUAGAGUUGACCAGCUCUGUGCCUUCAUUCGUGCGAACGGACUUGAGGCCCCGCCUAUGUCAAAAGAAAAAGACGCAGCUCUAACGAAAGUGCUUGAUGUCUUGGGCUUGACUGAGGUGCGUUCAGUGUCGGCACCGGCACCCAUGCAAGAACAGCAUCUUUCCGGUCCCAAAUUGAGCAUUGAGCAUCUGCUUUCCAGUGCACUGGACCCUGGACCACCCGCUGCUAAUACCGUCGUUGCAAGCGAAUCGAAUGGCAUCUGGGCCCAGACCUCCCCGGAGAGCAUGUCGCAGGCUUCCCAACCUAGCAUCAUACAGAUGCCUAGUCCUCAUACCGUGUCCACAUUUCCCAUCUUUGCCGAAGCCAAGGAUUUGAGUGUUCCAGUUGCAGAAAAUUGUAUGCCGACAGAAGAUCACCCAGAUAACCCUUUGAACAAUUGGGACUGGACCAUGGAUUUCGGAGCAUCUUUGACACCACCAUCGCCAGAGAACCAAGAUCCCGCUACAGAGGUCAUGCAGCCAUCUUUGGAACCAGUGGGAGUAGUGCCAGGGUCAUUCGAACCGCCAGUCGCUCAAACUACUUCUGGUCCUGGUAGGGAUGCCAAGAGUACAGAAGAGAUAGAGGGUCUUAUUGACGAACUCUCCGACCGAGUUGGCACUCUUCGUUUUGGCCCCGAAGGACAAUCUUAUUUCUAUGGUCCGACAUCAACAUUCAACCUGGCAGACGACGAUGCGCCAGCAUCCGACAGACAGACCAGCCGCAUCUUCAAUUACAAUGAAAUCGACUUUGACACAGCAGUUCCACCAGCCCUUGAAGAGCAUCUACUCAACUUAUACUUCACAUGGCAAGACCCAUCUUUCCACGUUACUGACAGGCAGAUGCUCGAAGAAGGAAGGUCUGCCUACUUGAGGAGAGAGAAAACUCCCUUCUACUCGGAGGCGCUUUUCUAUGCAAUGUGCUCCCUUGGCGCUGCGUUUGAAACACGGUAUCACCCUUCAUUUGUCACAUUCCCAAAAUCAUUGGGGGAUUUCCUAGGUGACCGUGCCAAAACCCUUCUUGAAACGGAAUUGGAUACCCCUUCUGUGGCAACUGUCCAGGCGUUGGUCAUCUUGAGCAGCUAUGAGAUCGGGGUUGGAUCCGAUACUCGUGGAUGGCUUUACAGUGGAAUGGCCUUGCGACUUGCUUUCGAUCUCGCUUUACAUAUCGACCUUUCUUCACACGUUGCUCGGGGGUCUAUAACGGACGCUGAUGCUAAACUUCGUCGAACUGUUUUCUGGGCUGCGUACAUGGUUGACCAACUUGUCGGCUUUUAUCUGGGUCGACCGUUCUAUACUAAUAUGGAGGAUGUGACUGUGGCGAAACCCGAUGGUAGCGUCCAACACCAACAGCCUCACAACUGGACACCAUACGCAUCUCCCAUCCCUUUUGCCAAUAAUAGCCUGGAGUCCGGGGACUGUGUUGAAGCUGUUAGCCGACAAGAAAUAUUGCUCUGUGAACUUAUGGCCCCUUGCGGGUAUUUCCUCUAUGGAACAGCAGGUAUCCCAAGAUCAAAGCUCCAGUCUCUCAACGAGAGAAUUGUGACCAAACUUCUUGGCUGGAAAGCCCAGCUACCAUCGUCUCUACAGAUAGAUCUCAAUGAUCACACCUCCCAAUAUCUACCCCACGUGCUAUUACUUCACAUGCAGUAUUAUCAAAACCUCAUAUACAACCAUCGGCCCUGGAUGUCAAAGGGGUAUCUCCAACCACAGCCACCCAAAGGGCCCGGCUACACUCACGCACGAGAGAUGUGCAUUAACUCAGCUGUUUCUAUCGCUAAGAUUCUCGUUCUCUACGAGACCAGGUAUACACUCCGCCGCAUCAACGUCAAAGCAGUCUCCAUCACCUCCUCUGCCGUCCUCCUACUUCUCUUCGCAGCCGUAUCCCAGUACCAAACACCAGCGAAUGACAAUAUCACUGCCCAUCUGAGCACAUGUUUCAGGGCUCUGGAUGAAUUCUCCCUGUCUUGGCAGAGUGCGAAUCGCGCGAAAGACCUUCUGGUAAGGCUACGGCAUAAGUGGGAGGUUCGUACGCGGGCCAGCAAGCCCAAUCGCGCGCCUGAUGGCGCUGAUUACCCACCAAGAAAGCGAUUUCGCAAAUUGAAUGCAUCGGGGUCCAAUCUGGUCGAUGAAAGAGGUUCCGAUGCCCAGCCUGAGCCAAAGGAUUUGCAACUGGAUUCUGGUCUGGGUUGGAUGCUUAGACUAAGUGGCCAGCUACCUUCCGAUGGCGAUGAAGAUCUCUAUUCUUUUGUGGCAAACACCGAAUUGCCCGAGGCUGACUACGAGGGAGUAUGA